AAGUUUUAAGCUUUUAAGGGCAACUUGAAACUUCAUCCUGACCAAAUUAUCAUGCACAUCGUAACUAUUGGCAGUUAAUUAGGAUGAAGUAGGACUCCUAUCCAGCUCUGUCCUCUGUCACCUGUCACAGCCAGCUACCAUGUGGCCCUCUAGAGCACUUAACUGUUAUUGUGUUUCCAAGACCACCAGCUAAAUUAAGGGCAAGGCUGAAGCAGGGCUGAGUGAGAAUCACAGCAACAACAAAUAGCGCAUAGUGGGUUUUUUUCAAAUCUUUUUAUGUCUAUGGCAGUUUUGAGAGUAUAGUUUUCAACAUUUUUACAUUAUCUCUUUGUUUCUUGAUGUAGCAUGUUCUUCCAAUGAAGGGCUGCUGGGAACAGCUGAUGCAUCUGCAUGACUUAUACAAGAUGGGCGUAGUACUGUCCAGAGUGAAUAACAGUUGUAGAGCGGCCUCCAGACUGCCUGUCAACACAUUGGAAAUAAUGAGCAGCAUAUCUGACAGAGAGGUCAAUAGUACUGACAGUGACCAUUCCUCCAUCAUACCAAUCCAGACCAAAGUGUGUGAGCCAGAGGAGGUGCUGGUUCCUGCUCUCCCAGAGACAGCCUGUGUCGAGCGAGGCUACAUCACCCCACAACAAGUUUACAACCUGCUGAACGCAGAGGAAGGCCAGCCCGCCCUGUAUGAUCCUUAUUAUAUUCUCAUUCUGGACUGUCGCAGUGCAGAGAGGUACAAGGAUAGCCAUGUGGUGACAGCGCGGGCCAGUGUGACGGUGAUCCACCCUGAGCUGGGUUGUCUAAUCAGCUGUAUAGAGCUGCAGAAGUACUCUAUAAUACUGCUGUAUGCAGAGGAGGGAUGCAGCCCAGUGGGCAGCGUGAAGGCCAGGGCAGACUCUCCUGCUCUCCAGCGCUGUUUCUUCCAGCUCAGUGCUCUGGGAAUGGACCCAGUCAUCCUUCUGGGCGGAUUCUCAGCCUUUCAUGCCCUCUACCACUUCCUCUGCACACCGCGUAUGGUCCUGCUGGAACCUGAGCGGCACACCCUCACCAUCUACCCCUCAGAGAUCCUGGAAGGUGCUCUCUAUCAGGGCUCUGUCUCCCAGGCCUCUGACUACCGCAUCAUCAAGAAUCUGCAUAUCACCCAUGUGGUCAACGCAACUGCCAACUGCCCUGAUGCUUUCCCCAACACGUUGUGCUACCUGAGGCUGCGCCUGAGCGAUGACGCCCAGCAGGACCUGGUGGAGGCACUGCCGCUGGCCUCCAGGUUCAUCAACACGGCGCUGAAGGCUGAGCCUGCCGGCCGCGUUCUGGUCCACUGUAGUAUGGGCAGGAGCCGCAGCUCAGCACUAACGUUGGCCUUCCUCAUGGAGCAUCGGCACUGGUCACUGCUUCAUGCCCUGCGCUGGCUGAAGGAGAGGAGAGCAUGCACAGCGCCCAACGUGAACUUCCUGCGUCAGCUACUGACCUAUGAGGAGCAGCUGUUUGGGAGCAGACUCACCUCCCUGGAUGAUAUCCGCCGAUGACUGGAGUAAGAAUGGGAAUGGAUACACUGGAUGUUUUUUUUUUCCCAACAGUUCACAUUGAGAGAAAGUGUAUUAUAUAUUUUUUUCUACAGUUCACGUUGAGAAAAAGUGUAAAAUAAGCUGAGACUAAACAAAAAGAGGUGGACUAAAAAAGAGGUGGCAAGAAAAACUCUCAAAGACUGGAUAUUUCUCCCAAUAACAACAGUAAUCAUACAGAUGUUUCAUUUUGUGGCUUCUGUAUGAUUUGAUAUAUUAUAAUCCCUGUUAUGACAUUUUGCUUGGUAGGAUAUGAUAGAAAAUGUACAUUAAUAAAGUAUAUUUAUUACAUUUUACAUUAGAAAGGUUUCUUCUUUGCCUCAUUUUCACUCCAAGAAGUAAUGAUAAUCUGACACUUUUCUACUCAUGUAGGAAAGUAUCUAAAAAACAAAUGGAGGCUUGCAAGUAGCCAGUGUUUACCAAACUGACAGAUGUACAAACCACAGACAUAUACAGACUGUGGUGGGGCAUGCCAUUAAUAUGCAACUAGUUAAGAUUUGUUGCAUCUGGCAUCUGAAAAAUAUUUCAGUCAGUUUAACAGUUUGCACUCUUUUUCUCUUUCACACACAAAUACACACACUCACACACUUA